AUGACUCGCUGUGGUUUAGUUCCCAUUUUGAUACUCGGUGGUAUUGGGAACAUUUUAAAUAUUCUCGUUUUUAAUCGGAAAGUGCUUAGAUUUACUUCGUGUUCAGUAUAUCUUCUAGCCGCAUCAGUUGUUAAUUUAUUAUCAUUGAGUUUUGGCAUUAUACCAAGUAUUUAUACGAUUAAUCGCAUAAAUCCAGACACAUAUUCGAUGAUCUAUUGUAAAUUAGGACUAUAUUUUCUUCACGCGUCUCUGAUGAUGGGACGUUCUUAUCUGGUACUGGCGUGUAUUGAUCGUUGCACUCUUUGUUCGCCGGUGUCCAAAAUUCGCGAUUUUAGUCAAAUUAAAGUAGCUCGUCGUUUGGUACCAGCUGUCAUCAUUAUUUGGUUUAUCAUACCAGCACAUAUUCCUACAUUUAACACGAUCCAAAAUCGACAAUGUUUGAGGCCUGGUUCUUAUGAUUUAAUUUAUAGUAUAUACAGUCUGAUCGUAGCUGGUCUACUACCGCCGGUGAUGAUGGGAAUCGCCACCAUUUUAACAUAUAAAAACCUUCGUCAAAUUCGACAGCGAAUUAAUCCAGUACGCAUGAUUGAUUCUAGCCGAGUUCGAAUCAGACAACGUGAUUAUCAGAUCAUGAUCAUGUUAAUGGCACAAGUGAUUGUGUAUGUUAUAUCAACGCUGGCCUAUCCUGUCGAUGUAUUUUAUGGGGCACUAACAAGACAUGUCGUUAAAAGUGCAGAAGAGCAAGCAGUUGAAAAAUUUUGUUCCUUUAUGGCAGGAGGAUUUCUGAUCUAUCUGGAUACAGCAUCAUCCUUUUAUGUUUACUAUUUUACAUCAACAACAUUCCGACAUGACGUGCAGCGUCUCAUGAUGAAUUGUGGUUUAAAAUAUUUUCCUAAAAUCAAUGUUUUACGAAUGAGACGAAACACCAUAAACAUCCAACCAACAGCAAUGCAACAUGAACGGAUAAUCAUUGCUAAUAAAAUGAGUAACCACAAUGAAAAACUUAACAACCAUCAGGACAAAGUCAACGAAUGA